CUGUACCGUACCAGAUUUAUUACUGAUCACCCUGAACUGGACACUCAAGGUGGAUGAUCCAUCUGUCUUCUGAUCUUUCUGCUCACACAACUGCGUGAUAUUCUUACCUCGUGCGUUGAAGAUUUCGCGCUGCGAUCCGUUUUAUAGGUUUUUGGAGUGUCUGCCAGGACACGGGAAUUUAUCGCGAUUCACCAGCAAAUCUCUCGUCUUUCUGAGGGACCUUGCUCUUUCUUUCUAAAGACAAGGAUUUCAGCUGAAGAGUUCCUGUCAGCGAGCGGAGAGUAGCAGGAUCCCUGUCAGCUGCUGCUGCUGUUGCUGCUGCUGCUGCUUCGACCAUGUCGAUUCAUUUCAAGUUCCGAUCCGCGAAGGAGUUCGAUUCGCUGGCCAUGGACGGCCAUUUUAUUUCCGUCGCGAAUCUUAAGGACCGUAUUAUUGAGCAGAAAGGCCUUGGGAUGGACUCGGAUGUCCAAAUUUUCGAUGCGCAAACAGAGGAAGGUAGGAGAUGAUACCAGCACGGGGGAUUGGUCCCAGUGUGCUGAGUCUUAGACUUAGUUAGGUAUAUUUUCUUUCAUUAUUUGGGUUUUGGCCGCUGGCCGAUCCAUACUGUUCAUAUGUUAUUCCUUUUUUAUUGAAAGAAAUGGAUGGGGGAAGGGUGAUGGUUUUGGACGCUGAACGACUGUCUAGGGUUACAUCCGCAAGAGUCUUCUCAAAGGCAGAUCGUUCUUGAUAAAUUAGACUACCACAGUCACCACGAGACUGCCUGGGGUUAGUUCUAGUGCUUGGCUGCAUGGGGUGCAGAGUAUGGCGACGACAACCAGCCAGUACCGCGCAACACCAGCGUCAUCAUCAAGAGAGUUCCCAGAUCAAGAGCCCGGGCAGUGCCGCAGCCUAAGCCCCAGCCGCCUGAUGAUUUCAGAGCAGGGGGUCAUACAUGGCCAGGCCAUGGUGCUGCCGCUGGUGCUGAUACAUCUGCUGCUGUGGCUCAGCCUCAGGCGCAGCAGCAGCAGGCGCCAUCUUACCCGGCUUACAAGGGCUACAACCAGCAACUGAAUGACAUGGACGGCAUGAUGGAUGACCUGGCAGACAUCUAUGGUGACGUCGGCGGACACAUGUCCAUGCCUGCCGCGUCAGCCGCUGCUGCCACGUCAGCAGCCCCGCCUACCAACGCCAUGGGCGCGUCAGCAGGGGGGGGAGGGCAGGGAGGGGGGCAAGGGGGGAUGGGGGCAGGGGGAGGGGCGCAAGGAGGGGAGAUGAUGGGGGGAGGCGGGGGAGUGGGGGGCAGUGCGAGCAGUGUGCAGCAGCAGGUGGACGAGGAGACACGCAUGAUGUCGGCCAUUGUGGAUCAGGCCUCUACGGACUGGCAGAGGCCUCCUGAUCAGUUUGGCGGGCGCGGUUAUGGGCGGGGUUUUUAUGGCAGGGGUGGUGGUGGCGGGCGCUUUCCCUUCCCCCCACGGAACUCGGUUCCACACCCUGGUUACAUAUGUUUCCGCUGCAACAAGCCAGGCCACUACAUCAAGCACUGCCCUACUAACGGCGACCCAGCAUACGACGUGGUGCGGCGGGUGCGCCCGCCCUCCGGCAUCCCCAAGAGCUUCCUGCGGCCGGACCAGGGAGGGGGGUACGUCAUGCCGGAUGGGUCCAUGGCGUCUAUGGGCGGCCACGACAUGCAGCAGGGCAACGACCAAGCGUUUGCGAGGGAGACAGAGCCCUUCCUGGCGCCCAUGCGGCAGCCCCAGGCUGUGGAAAUCCCUCCGGACCUCAAGUGUCCGCUCUGCUCCAGCCUCUUCCGCAACGCUGUGCUCAUCCCCUGCUGCCACCUCUCCUUCUGCGACCAGUGCAUUCGCCAGCAGCUGCUGUCCAAGGGGUGCUGCCCCAAGUGCGCGUCCACCCAGUACAGGAAUGAUGAUCUUCUGCCUAAUGUGACGCUCAGACAGGCUGUGGAUCGAUUUAAAGCAGCUCAGGUGCAGCACACCCAACAGGUGCAGCCUGGUAGUCAGUCGCAGGGACAGAUGCAGCAGAUGCAGCCGCAGCAGCAGCAGCAGCCACAGCUGCAAUACCAACAGCAGCAGCAGCCGCAGCCACAGCAGCAACAGCAACAGUGGCAGCAGCAGCAGCCGCAGCAGCAACAGCAACAGUGGCAGCAACAACAGCCGCAGCAGCAACAGCAGCAGUGGCAGCAACAGCAGCAGCCGCAGCAACAGCAACAGUGGCAGCAGCAGCAGCCGCAUUAUCAACAACAGCAACCGCAGCAGCAACAGCAGCAGCAGCAGCAGCAGCAGCAACAACAACAACAACAACAACAACUGCAGCAGCAGCAGCAGCCCCAACAGCAGCAGCAACGUCAGCCUCUAGGUAACAAGCAGCCCUCAGCAGCUUUUCCUGCUGCUGCUGCUGCUGCUCCUGUUCCUCCUAUUUCCACUGAUGCUGCUCCUAUCGCUGCUGCUGCUGCAGCUGCUGCUGCAGCUGCGCCUGACGAGGAGCACAGUGCAGCAUCGGGAAGUGGGAAGCCUGGCCGUUCCCCUGCUGGUCCUGCUGCUGCUGCUGCCUCGGGUGCAGCUGCCUCAGGUGCUUCCAAAGGCGCAGGUGGGAGCAAGGGUGUUAGCAGUGGCGUAGAGGAGCGUAAGGGGGGAGGCGCUACAGGGGAUGGGGAUGCCCAGGGCGCUGCUGAUGCUGCUGAUGCUGCUGGUGCUGCUGAUGCUGCUGGUGCUGGUGGUGCUGGUGGUGCUGGUGGUGCUGGUGGUGGGGAGAAGGAUGAGGAGGAGAGGCAGCGAGGAGUGGAAGAGGCGGAGGAGGAAGAGGAGGUGAGUGAUGGGGUGACAGGCCCUCCUAGCACCUCGCAACCUGCUACUCAAGGCGAUGCUACUGGUGCUCGUGCUACUGCUGGUGAUGCUGCUGCUGCUGCUGCUGCUGCAGAUGGCGGUGGUGGUAGUGAUGGUGGUGCUGCUUCUGCGGAUGCUGCGGCUCUUGGUACGGUCGGCACACCAGAGGUUGACAAUACCGGUGGUGCUUAUGCUGAGGGAGAUGGGGAGAGGGGGAAGUGGAAGGUGGGGGGGAAGGAGAGGAAGGGGGAGAGGGCGGAGGUGAGGGAGGAGGGGAAGGAGGGGAAGGGGGAGAGGGCGGAGGAGAAGGAGGAGGGGAAGGAGGGGAAGGGGGAGGGGAAGGGAAGGCUGGCAAAAUGGAGAAGGAAAAGAAGGUUAAGGGAAAGAAGAAGAAAGAAAAAACUUAAGCAGCAGAAACAGCAGGAGCAGAAGGAGCAGCAAGAGCAGGAGCAGCAGGAACAGCAGCAGCAGCAUGUGGAUGGGCAAAUGGGUUCACAAAUGGGCCAAACGGGUGCAAUGGGGCACAUGGGGCACAUGGGGCACAUGGGUGGUGGGCAGAUGGGUCCACACAUGGGAGGCCCUAUG